AUGGAUGAUGCUUUUGGCCUUGUAGUCAAAGAAGAAGAUCGGCUCAUCGAUGUGUGUUCCGAAGGAUCUUCGAAUAAGCCAGCCGUAAGGCAGGAUGCGAAACGGAGGGGCUGGGCAGUAACGGCGAACAGCUUGACUGGGCAUACUGAGUAUAGGCAGAGGUUCUUUGGAGGCCCCAUAGUUUCUAAUGCCGAGGCUCCGCAAGACCUAGCUCUUAGAUCGUUCGAUAUAGCUUGUGUUAUCGAAGGGCUUUGCAAGCAAGCCGGGCGGCGAACUAGGCCGAAUGAUUGUUUCACAAGAUCCGGAAGAGAACCCGCCAGGGCGACUUCAAUCCGCCUUGUCCAUCAACAGCAGGACCAGACGUCCGCCCCCCAGGUCACGGCUGUUGGUCAGCAGAAGCUGGAAUCUGUCCUGCUGAAACACAUAAAGCGGCAUUGUCAAUUAAAAGAGAUACGAAAACCGACAGUGAAAUGGGCCGAUCUUGCGGCGGAAUUAUAG